CAGAAUGAUGACCUCCGAAACCUGUCCCUGUCGGGCCAUGUUGGUUUUGACAGUCUUCCCGACCAGCUGGUCAACAAGUCAACUUCGCAGGGUUUCUGCUUCAACAUCCUUUGUGUUGGGGAAACCGGCAUUGGCAAAUCCACACUGAUGGACACUCUGUUCAACACGAAAUUUGAAAGUGAUCCUGCCACUCACAAUGAGCCCGGCGUGCGGUUGAAAGCGAGAAGUUAUGAACUUCAGGAGAGUAACGUCCGUCUGAAGCUGACGAUCGUUGACACGGUGGGAUUUGGGGACCAGAUCAAUAAAGACGACAGCUACAAGCCCAUUGUGGAGUACAUAGAUGCCCAGUUCGAAGCCUACCUGCAGGAGGAACUGAAGAUCAAGCGAUCACUCUUCAAUUACCAUGACACCAGGAUCCACGCGUGCUUAUACUUCAUCGCGCCCACGGGCCACUCGCUGAAGUCCCUCGAUCUGGUCACCAUGAAGAAGCUCGACAGUAAGGUGAACAUCAUCCCCAUCAUUGCCAAAGCCGACACCAUUGCCAAAAACGAGCUGCACAAAUUCAAGAGCAAGAUCAUGAGCGAGCUGGUCAGCAACGGGGUCCAGAUCUACCAGUUCCCGACGGACGAAGAGACGGUGGCCGAGAUCAAUGCCACGAUGAGCGUUCAUCUCCCAUUCGCUGUUGUCGGCAGCACCGAAGAAGUGAAGAUUGGCAAUAAGAUGGCCAAGGCCAGGCAGUACCCAUGGGGCGUCGUGCAGGUUGAAAAUGAGAACCACUGUGACUUCGUGAAGCUGCGUGAAAUGUUGAUCAGAGUCAACAUGGAGGACCUGAGGGAGCAGACUCACAGCCGGCACUACGAGCUUUACCGCCGUUGCAAGCUAGAAGAGAUGGGCUUCAAAGACACAGACCCCGACAGCAAACCUUUCAGUCUCCAAGAGACCUACGAAGCCAAGAGGACCGAGUUCCUCGGUGAGCUGCAGAAGAAGGAGGAAGAAAUGAGGCAGAUGUUUGUCAUGCGGGUGAAGGAGAAAGAAGCCGAGCUGAAAGAAGCCGAAAAGGAUCUUCAUGAGAAGUUUGACCACCUAAAGCGGACCCACCAAGAAGAGAAGAAGAAGGUAGAAGACAAAAAGAAGGAACUCGAGGAAGAGCUGAACACCUUCCAGAAGAAGAAGGCAGCAGCCCAACUAUUACAAUCUCAGGGCCAACAGGCCGGCUCUCAACAAACCAAGAAAGAAAAGGACAAGAAAAACAGUCCUUGGCUCUGCACAGAAUAAUGUCCCUCUUCCAAGCUAAUUGGAUGUGCUUUCACCUUUGCAUCUUCUUCUUUAUGUAGCUGUCAGUCACCUGGGCAAGUUCCACCUCCCUCUCUCCUAGUGGCGCGUUAGAAGAGGCCGCAGAUAACGCCACACGUACGCGCAACCCCACUGGGAGACAAGUUACCUCAUUCUUCCGCCUUUCUGUCCUUUUUUUAAAACUGUGACUCACCACGGUGCGCGUGUCUCUUUUCCGGGUGUCUGUCCACGUGCCACCGCCGGCGUCUGCAUUGACUUUUUGUAACUGCCCUAAUCGUUAGAGACGGAGCGGCGGAGUCGGCUUCCGAGAUUUGGCACUUGGGGGGGUCUGCCUUCUUUCCUUCUGAUUCAGCAGGCAAAUGCCACGCGACGUAAGAACAAGGAAAGUGUGGACUUCAAGUGCACACAUGUGUGUAUGUGUGUAUAUAUAUAUGUGUGUGUGUGUGAGACAGAGAGAUGGAGGGGGGGAGACAGACAGACAGAGAGAGGUAUGUAUGCAAGAACCAGAGGCUGAUUUGUGCCAAGUGUUUACAUCCCUACGCCGAUUUAAUCUAGCACUGAACCCAACUCUCUCCAAGAGAUCCUGUAACCUGGUUACCCUGAAAGCCAUAUAAACUCAAAAGGAUCCCCACCCCCUGUGAUAAUACUCCCUUAGCUGAGAUCGCAUCCUGACCUGGAUAGCCGUGGGUAGCCCGAUUCCAUCGGGUCUCAGAAGCUAAGGCUAGUAUUUGGACAGGAGACCACCGAGGGUCGUGAGAGGGAUG